AGGACCUGGAAACAAAAACAUAGAUGAUGGAAAGAGAAACAUCUCUGAACCAUACUUCGACGCUGAUUUUGUUACUCGUGAACUUUGUCGUAGGAGUGCUGAGUGCUGAGUGCUGAGUGCUGAUAAUUAUCAGAGAGAUGACUUCCCUGUUGAUUUUGCUUUUUGUUCCUCUUUCUAGUUUCUUCAAUAAUUCUAUAUACCCCCAACACAAGUAAUCAUCUUAAUAUUAUGAACAGGUUGAAGGAGCUGCUAAUGAAGAUGGAAGAACUCCUAGCAUCUGGGAUAGCUUUGCUCACGCUGGCUCCGGGUAUGGAGAUGUAGCCUGUGAUGGGUACCACAAAUAUAAGGAAGAUGUGCGGCUCAUGGUGGAAACAGGCCUUGAUGCCUAUAGAUUUUCUAUUUCAUUGUCCAGACUGUUACCAAAUGGCAGAGGACCCGUCAAUCCCAAAGGAUUACAGUACUACAACAACCUCAUCAAUGAACUCAUCAGCAAUGGAAUCCAACCACUUGCCACGCUACACAACAGUGAUCUUCCACAGGCACUUGAAGAUGAAUAUGGAGGAUGGCUUAAUCGUGAUAUCAUGCUGGAAACAGAAAAGAGAAAAUGGAACGACGAGCAUUGCUGAUAUUGAGCUUGAGCCACGCUUUCUUAUUGCUUAUUUUGGGAGUGCUUGGUGCUGAGAACUACAGCAGACAUGAUUUCCCUCCUCAAUUUAUUUUCGGAUCAGGAACCUCUGCUUAUCAGGUGGAAGGAGCUGCUAACGAAGAUGGAAGAACUCCUAGCAUCUGGGAUACCUUUGCCCACGCUGGGUAUGCGCAUGGAGAAAAUGGAGAUGUAGCCUGUGAUGGGUAUCACAAGUAUAAGGAAGAUGUGCGGCUUAUGGUGGAAACAGGCCUUGAUGCCUAUAGAUUUUCCAUUUCAUGGUCCAGAUUGUUGCCAAAUGGCAGAGGGCCCGUCAAUCCCAAAGGAUUACAGUUCUACAACAACCUCAUCAAUGAACUCAUCAGCAAUGCAGGAAUCCAACCACAUGUCACGCUACACAACUAUGAUCUUCCACAAGUACUUGAAGAUGAAUAUGGAGGAUGGGUUAGUCGUGACAUCAUAAGAGACUUCACAUACUAUGCAGAUGUGUGUUUUAGAGAGUUUGGUGACAGAGUAUUGUAUUGGACCACCAUCAACGAGCCCAAUGUUUUUGCCAUGGGUGGUUAUGAUCUGGGAAUUAGCCCACCGCAACGAUGUUCGCUCCCAUUUUGUGCAAUAGAUAGUGGUAGGGGCAACUCAACAUAUGAGCCCUACUUGACAGUUCAUCAUAUUUUGUUAGCACAUUCUUCAGCUGCGAGACUGUACCGGAGAAAAUACAAGGACAAACAACAUGGAUUUGUUGGUAUCUCUGUGUUCACAUAUGGGAUUUUUCCUCUAACAAAUACAGAAAAAGACAGGCUAGCAUCUCAAAGAGUCUGGGAUUUUUUGAUUGGUUGGAUUAUGGAACCCUUGCUGUAUGGAGACUAUCCCAUUUCCAUGAAGACAAAUGCAGGUGAAAGAAUUCCAGCCUUCACAAUUCGCGAAUCCGAACAAGUUAAGGGUUCAUAUGACUUCAUAGGCGUAAUUCACUACACCAAUUCUAAUGUCACAGACAACUCUGAUGCCCUUGAGAAGCAACUGAGAGAUUACAGUGCAGACAUGGCUGCAAAAAUAUUAGGACAGGGGGAUCUGUUUACAAAUAAAGAGUUCGCUGUCACACCGUGGGGUUUGCAACAAGAGUUGAAUAAUUUCAAGCUUCUUUAUGGCAAUCCUCCUAUAUUCAUCCAUGAAAAUGGACAACGGACACCUAGCAAUUCGUCACUGCAAGACGUGUCAAGGGUGAAAUACUUGCAUGGAUAUAUUGGGGGCGUUCUUGAUGCCUUGAGAGAUGGAUCAAAUAUAAAGGGGUAUUUUGCAUGGUCUUUCCUGGAUUUGUUUGAGUUGCUGGAUGCAUACAAGUCGAGCUUUGGCCUAUACUACGUUGAUAGAAAUGAUCCAGAGUUGAAGAGAUACCCAAAGCUUUCUGCAAAAUGGUACAGCCAGUUUUUGAAAGGAAAAAAUGCCUCUAUAGUUGAAGUUAUUGAACUUGAGAAGGAUCCAUCCCUUGUUUCUGUUGGCCACUUAUUUGGUUAGGUUCUUUAAUUUUGUUUUCACAAGAUUAUUAUUUAGUGGUGUUAUUAGCAAAGACGGUCCUAUGGCUAUGGGACUAAAAUUUUAAUCUU